CGCGCGCCUUCACCCACGUAAUCUACCCGAACGCCCGCGCGUGCUAGCAAGCAACGCCCAGCUCGAGAACGCGUCGUUUGUGCUUGCAGGACCUGCCCUUGCAUAUUCCAGAGCAGUGAAUGUUGGUGACGGAGGCCCGCUGACGACAACGCCGGCCGCCCUGAAGCGCGUUGCUCCUCCGGUAGCAUCGCGCGCAUCACGAGCAUCCCCCAUCACCCGUCACCAUGGCCACUGCCACUGCCAACGGCACUCUGUCUCCGCCACCGCUGUCGCCCGCGCCCGCGCCCGCCUCGCCGUCCCUUGCAAAACGAAAACGAACCGAGACCAAUGCGAUUGUCGCCAAUGGCGUGUCGCUGCCGGCGCGAGGGAAACCUACGAGUGGGCACGCCUACUCUCUGCAGGCCGCGCUCGAGGAUUUCCUUACUGUUCUGAAGAGCCACGACACUCAGCCCUCCAUCCUGACCCACCCCAUCGCCUCUUCCACAACACGGAGCUCAUCCGGCGAAGCAGACUCCAAGCGCGCCAAAUCGACUCCACCUGCUGCUACCACCACCAUUACUGGUCUAAUACAGGAUGGCGCAUAUAGCUCCCUGCAGGCACUGGAGAAAGACGUGGAAAGUGCCGUCGCCGAAAUCCUCGCAUCCAGCGGUGAUAACGAAGUGUCCAACGCGCCACCCUCGCUCGAAGAUACAAGGUUACAGGCAAAGGCGCUCGCAUUCCAGAAGACUCUGAGGAACCUUGUCGAAAGGGAAGAUGCGCGCAGGUCUCAAUCUCUACAAAGCGACGCCGAUCCCGAAGUAGAAAAACAGACGCCGAAAGACGAAGGCACCCCUAUUCCUAUUAAAGAGGAGGAAGAACCGGAGACGCUGCAGAACCGAACGGUCCUCACGCUGUACGGCACCGCCCAAGUGCCAAAGCAGCUUUUCUCCAGCUUGCAACAACCACAGAGAAUCCCACCAACAGAUGGCGCAUCGAACUUCGAUACCUCGGUCAAAGUCACUCUGCCUUUGCGAGAGUCAUCUUUGCCAAACUUCAUGUCGACGACCGAGGUAUUCCCGCUUCCAGACCAAGUGGACAGCAAGAAGACCAAGACUACAACGAUAGGAGAGGUUUUCCGAGCGCCUGCGCACCUGCCACAGAUCAGCCCCCCAAAGAUCGCGAAACCGACAAUAGCCAAAGGCAACACGAUCACUUUUGCACCACCAGAAACGCCUAAACCCAAGCGGAAAGGCUCCCAGUCAUACGCGCAUCAACAACUAUCAGCUGGAUCAUGGUUGGGAUAUGGCGGAAUCGACAUUCCCAAGGAUCAAACGUCACCAACAGCAAGGCAAAAGAGCAGGCAACGAGCUUUGAGCACUGGCGAAGCACAGCAGCCCCCUCCCGAAUCAACUCUUGUUGCAGUUCAGCAGGCGCGAGAAGACGCACUGUUUCGCAGUGCCUAUUCUAGCUUUGCACCUACCCGAGACGACGCUUCAGCCAUCAUCCCUGAAGUAAUCAAAAACAGGGUGUGGUGGCAGAAGGUGGGCGAGACUCGUUUCAACGAUAUGUUUCCUAUCGAUCCAGCGCUGCUUGAUGUCGGGGAAGUCGCCGAGGUUGAGACUGGCCAAGUUGACUUGGACGAAGACUUCAAGGAGGCUGUUGAGAAUUUUGUCCCCGUUGAAGAGAACCCAUUCCUCGAAGCCGACCACAGGAGUGAAGCAGAGAAGAACACGGAUGAAAUUCUACAGGAGAUCUCCGAACUUCUCCAAACCCUGGCGUCCCACCAACGGAUACGAAAUUCUUCGUUGACAACAAAUCCGCGCACGCCCGUGGUUCAGAACGCAUCCCUUGCGUCUUUGGCGGGGAGCCCGUUGACACCAUCCUCGGAGGAGAUUGAUGUGUAUUCGAUGCUCAAGUCACAGCUGACUGUAAUGGUAUCAAUGCUGCCACCAUAUGCGGUUGCUAAGCUGAACGGCGAUCAACUAGAGGAGCUCAACAUCAGCCGCACAAUUCUUUUUGACACGAAAGAGUACAGGGGUGUCUUGGAGGAAGACCAGCUUUCUAGACUCGCAAAAGCACCAGCACCAGUGGUCGCCCCUGCCACUCUUACGCGGACUGGUUCUGGAACACAUCCUCACUACGCCGCCGGCGGUGCUCAGUACGCUCGUCCCACGCCUUCUGCUCAUGCAUCGACCGCUCGUCCGGUACAGGCUACGCCAUUGCACUACCCCCAGCAACAGUCGCUCCAUCGGUCAUCCUCGAUGCAUGUUCAACGCUCGCCCUCAGGUCCCGCCCAGGGCUAUCAAGCAGGGGCGACAUCCUAUGCAUCUUCUUCCAGACCAGGCUUUCCCGCAUCUUCAUCAUACAAUCAGCAAACACCAAGGCCGAGUUACGGACAGACAGCUUCCGGACAAUAUUAUCCGCAGCGUUCUGCGCAGCCGAGUAACUACGGUGGCCCUGUGAGCUCGCAAUAUCAAGCAACGCCCCAAUCUCAAAGUCAGAAUCGAUAUGCCCCACAACAAAGCCAGAACGGUUACUAUCCACGGUCCCAAAACGUAGCACCCAUGUACAACACGACGCAGACGCCACAAGCACGCAAUGCGUCCCCUAUGAAAACUGGUGCCGCGCCACUUCAGUCAAACUAUGGCACGCGGCCUGCUGGGUAUGGCACACCGGUGUCUGGGGGUCAAUUGCGCAGUACGUACUAUGGACCGUCCCAGUACGGCACUACUCCGCAAGUCCCUGUUUCUUCUGCCUACAAUCCUCAGCAGAUGAUGAUUGAUAGACAGCAGGCGCAGGUGGCGGCUCAGUCGCAGGCACGGCUGGCGGCGCAGAAUAGUUUCAACAGCAGGCAAGGCUCUAGGACGCCUCAGCCGCCGAAUGCAUCGUAUGGGGGGCAGGUGAAUGGAGCAUCAAUGUCGACUUAGCGAGGAGUGUUCAAGAGGAGAUUGGCUUCUUGGGAAGCUUUGUAGGGUGGUUUGGGUACUAUAUGAUAUCCUGGCGUUUAUUCAGGUAUAGUCAGAGGAAGUGAAUAGGAUAUUCUGUUUGCCUUUGUUGUUCCGUUUUGGCUUUGGGGGUGAACAAACACUUGCAGUAUGCAAUACUAGCAGUGUGUUUUCGUACAUGAAAUAUCGGAGGAUCUAUGCUCCCAGUCUAUCGUAGAAUGACACAUGUAUACUUGGU